CUUUUUGCUGAAGAGAGAACGUAGCCAUUGAAUUUGGAAGACGGAAUGAAAAUAUUGUUCAUUACGCUAUUUGCACCAAAAUAAGUGUUGUUUCCGUGUCGAACACCGUGGCCAAAUUGUGUCGUUUCGUGUGCAAUAACGCAUAGAGAAGUAUUCUACUAGAUGUGGCUAUGGAGAAGGCAGGCAAGGCCAAUUUCGAGAAGUGCUAAAAAAUAUCGGGAUUGUCAGCGCCUGGCCUGCAAUUACUGUAACUAGAAAGCGGAGAAAAAAAAAAGAAGAAGCGACCGCUGGGAAUAAAAUAAAGUUUUUCGUGGACACAACAUAAAACAAAAAGGGAAAAUCUCCUCGGGUUCAGACGAGGAAAAGUAAGUGAUUCAUGCAUUUUUUUGCUAUAUUGUUUUGAGAGAUUCAGUAGUCAGUUUUCUAGAGAUAGAAAAUGCAGAAGAAUAACAUUUUAUCGAAGAAUUUUUCCUCGAAAUUCAACUAAAGUGAUCCUAUAGGGCGAUAUACAACCUAUUACAAAUAGUAUAAACAUACAAAUGCAGAUGGAAGAAGGAAUCCACCAGCUUAGCAUUACAGUUGAACACGCAUCGUUGCGCAGCAAUGGCUUCCUGAAACCGAACCCGUACGUGGAAAUCGCAAUCGAUAAUAAAAGUACACGAAAAACCGAUUUCGUGAAGAACACCAACGCGCCCAAAUGGAACGAACGUUUUACGGUAAUAGUUUCGGCCAGUUCAGUGCUGCACUUUCGAGUGCUGGAUCAUUCCAGUUUCCGGAAGGAUUCACUCCUAGGUCAGCAAACCGUCGUGCUGGCUAACAUUCUUGAGCACUACAACGGAACGUUGGAAAAUCUGGAACUAAGCAUGGACCUGUUGACGGAUGGUUCUACGUCCUCGAAGGCAAACGAACCCCGACAGCCGUCUAAAACUGGAGAACUGGUGGCGGUGUUGAACGGGCUGAAAAUUGAUAUGCGUACGAUGGCGGUGCGAGCGGGAAAUAGUACUGGCAUGAGUUCUGGUAGUAACCACGGCAGUGACGUCACCGGUGCUUCAGUAUACGUCAAUACAAACGGGCUCUCGUCAAUGGAUGUAGCCGGUAACAGCAACAACCGCAGCAGUAUUCUUAACGGUGGCAUUCGAGCACGUAUGCGAUUACGUGGAACGGCUACGGCGCCAUCUCAAUCUUCCCAACUGCAGCCUCCUGCGCCGGGUCCUGGCAGUGGCCAACAGCAUCAGACUCAUCAUUCCCCAUCGGUGACGGGCAAUCACAGCAAUUGUGGUUCAGCAGUAGCAGCAGGUUCUAUGGGCAACGGCGUAGCAAUGCCAGUGGCGACUGGGACUUCCCCGAUGGCACCAGCCGCGUCCACUGGAGCCGUCCGCCGAAGUAGUGGUAUUAACUGGGAUCAACAGCAACCACAGCAACAGCAGCAGCAACAACCGCAAGUGGUACAUCCACACUCGGGUGGACACCCGCGACUUGGCCCGGUGUAUUCGAACUCUUCGCAAGAUUCACUGCUAAACGGUAUCAACAGUACUAGCAAUGGUCCGGUGCAAGCCAAUAUAGCUGGCACGAUGGUUCCCAUGAACGGAGGUGCAGUAGCACCUCAAGUAUCCGGUGGAGCAGCAGCAGGUGCAAUGGUUCCCAUUGGAGGAAGCUUAACCGAUCAACAAAUGAUGCUUCAAGCUGCCGCACAGCAAAAUCAGGUCGACGAUGAGCCUUUACCUGCCGGCUGGGAAAUGCGUGUAGAUAAAUACGGACGCCGGUAUUACGUGGAUCACAAUACACGUUCGACUUACUGGGAAAAGCCACAACCCCUUCCCGCUGGUUGGGAAAUGCGACGAGACGCCCGCGGUCGAGUGUAUUAUGUCGAUCACAACACUCGAACAACAACAUGGCAACGACCAAACAGCGAAAGGCUGAUGCACUUCCAACACUGGCAGGGACAACGACAACACAUCAUUUCGCAAGGCAAUCAACGGUUCCUUUAUCCACAGCAUGCUCAACAAUCCAAUACGACCUCAGUUUCACACGAGGAAGAUGACGGUCUAGGGGCACUACCCGAUGGCUGGGAGAAACGAGUCCAACCAGAUAACAGGGUAUACUUUGUGAAUCACAAAAAUCGCACCACCCAAUGGGAAGAUCCCCGCACACAAGGCCAGGAAGUAAACAUGCUUGCCGAAGGUCCGCUCCCGCCCGGAUGGGAAGUUCGUUACACUGCAACUGGCGAACGAUUCUUCGUAGAUCACAAUAAUCGGAAGACAACUUUUGAAGAUCCCCGACCAGGUGCCCCCAAAGGUGGAAAGGGAGUUUAUGGAGUUCCACGAGCCUAUGAGCGUUCAUUCCGUUGGAAACUUAGUCAAUUCAGAUACCUUUGUCAAAGCAAUGCCCUUGCUUCCCAUAUCAAAAUUACGCUUACUCGACAAACACUGUUUGAAGAUUCGUACCAUCAAAUCAUGCGUUUGCCGGCCUAUGAAUUGCGAAGAAGGCUUUAUAUUAUCUUCCGUGGAGAGGAAGGUUUAGAUUAUGGCGGUGUUUCGCGUGAAUGGUUUUUCUUGCUUUCCCAUGAAGUUCUCAAUCCGAUGUACUGCUUGUUUGAAUAUGCCAACAAAAACAACUAUAGCUUGCAGAUUAACCCGGCCAGUUACGUUAAUCCGGACCACCUUCAAUACUUUAAAUUCAUUGGGCGAUUCAUUGCGAUGGCCCUGUAUCAUGGGCGAUUUAUUUAUUCUGGUUUCACGAUGCCGUUCUACAAGCGAAUGCUAAAUAAAAAGCUAACGACCAAAGAUAUUGAAUCGAUUGAUCCAGAGUUUUACAAUUCAUUGAUCUGGGUGCGGGACAAUAACAUUGAUGAGUGCGGGUUGGAGCUGUGGUUCAGUGUGGACUUUGAGGUGCUAGGGCAGAUUAUUCAUCACGAGCUAAAGGAGGAGGGUGACAAGGAGCGAGUCACGGAAGAAAACAAGGAGGAAUACAUCUCCUUGAUGACCGAAUGGCGGAUGACUAGAGGUAUUGAAGAACAAACCAAAACUUUCCUAGAGGGUUUCAACGAGGUUGUACCUUUAGAGUGGUUAAAAUAUUUCGAUGAGCGAGAGCUGGAGUUGAUGUUGUGUGGCAUGCAGGAGAUCGACGUAGACGAUUGGCAGCGAAAUACGAUCUACCGUCAUUACAACCGCAACAGCAAACAAGUGGUCUGGUUUUGGCAGUUCGUCCGGGAAACCGACAACGAGAAGCGGGCCAGAUUGUUGCAAUUUGUAACAGGGACGUGUCGAGUACCCGUCGGUGGGUUCGCCGAAUUGAUGGGAUCCAACGGUCCCCAGCGGUUCUGCAUUGAGAAGGUCGGUAAAGAUACGUGGUUACCUCGAUCACACACGUGUUUCAACCGGUUAGAUUUGCCACCGUACAAAAGUUAUGAUCAGCUGGUUGAGAAGCUAAACUACGCAAUCGAGGAGACUGAAGGAUUUGGCCAGGAGUAAGCCCAAGAAACCUUGAAAAUAUCAAUAAAAAAAUUACUUGUGAUCCAACCGACAGCGAUAUCGGAACAUUCGUUUUUUUAUGGAACAUUGAGAGUGGAAACAUAGAGGUAAUCAAACUCGGCAAUUUGAAUUGAGUAGUAAAGUUGUAAAUGUAAGAGACAAUUGUUCAGUUUUGGAAAUAUGCUUUUGUAAAUUGUAAUAUCCACUUUUUAUGAUGUAUAUUUAAGCAAAAAGUUGGUCAAACGAUAUGCACUAUUUUUAACGAAAAAGCCACAAAUGCUAAUCGAUAUACUACAAGUGAAAGAAACUGUACAUAAACUAGCUGUUAAACUAAAGAAAGACUUUAGUUUCCCUUGUUCCAAAAAUCGUGAUACAUCAAAGUAGAGAUAAAAACGUUACUGUAUUAUACAAACACUUGUAAAUAUAAAUUAUUAAGCAGAGGAAUGGAUGAAAACUAGGAACAAUGAAAUCAAUAAACUAUAUACUUACAAUAAAUUUGUUGUCUAUGCUAACAAAAUUGUGUAGUACUAAAAUGCAUAUAACGAUUUAGAACAACACUGUUUUGUACUAAUAAAAUCACAUCAAACAAUAGAUUUCAAGUAAGGAAUAUUUUUAUUCAAACAUCUUUUUUCCGUACUGUGUUACAUUCUUUCAACGUUUAGUUAUUGAACAACACAAAAUAAAUCAACAGUUGGGGCCAUGGUAGUAAACAUUACCUGUUGUAUGCAGAACAGAAAACAAAUGGUGUCUAGUAGUCUCGUUCUAAUGCUAAACGUAAAAUCACACUUGAGUUUACUGAAAAAUUGAUUGUCACAAAUAAGGAACAAACGGCUGGAGUAAACAUGUAGAUCUAAUUACUUUAGGAAAGUCGGGAGAUUAAUUCACGACACAUGCAUUACGGAGUAAAUUUUCUCGAAUGAUGAAAUAUACACAGGCGAGUAUGCAUUGUUCCUGUUCCAUUUCCUGUGAAGGUUAUGAUUCAUAGUUUUGUGUUUGUUACUUAUUUUGUAAAUUGUAUUUUUUUCUGAGAAAUAACAUUGUAAAAAGAGAAAAAAUGGGUUAAACUAGAUACACAAAUUAUGUUUUGCAAAUAAAAGUAUCAGCCAGAUGAA